AUGGGUGCUGGUGAACAUUGGGUGAAUGACAGAGUGAACAACAGGAUAAAUCUUGCUUCACUGCUGAACACCCCAACUUUGUCUUCAAUUUCCCCUUUGCUUCACACUCUCGAAAUAUGGAACAUUCUUGACUCUGACCAAUGGUGGUGCUGGUCUCCCCAUCGUUCCUGUCGAAAAUUCCUCAUCCUGGAUCUGACAAGACCCUUGUGCAUAGCAGUUUCAAGAACACAACUGUACCACGACGAAGGGAAUGGACAUGGCCAUCAUGUGAUCUCAACCACAUUCCACAAUGGCCAUGACCGCCAGAUCACAUGGAUCUCAAGCUGGAGGUCGGGCCUGUGCACUACCACCAUGGAAUGUGCAUUAUUUCUAUGGACAACUGGAAUCCAUGUCUUGACUGGUACUGGAGGAUUGGGCAUACUCCCCACACAACUAUCCAACUUUGUGCAUCAGUCUCAUCCUACAUGGACACAGAUGCAUAGCAAUAUUCACACAGAAGCACUUCUUGUGCACAAAAGGGUCAUAGUCGAGCAUGCUCAAAUCGACGUUGCUUGGGAGCUACUAGGCUGA